AUGAAAUAUUUUCAUGUUUACUUGACGUGUCUAAUAGUGUUACUUUUCGUGCACGGAACUGUAUCUACCCUCCGCCAUCGAUAUUCGUUUUUUUUCGAUACAGAUAUUGCUAACAAGAAAUCAGAAGAAAAUAAUAGCGGUACGGAGACUUUCUCAUAUUGGAAAAAUGACACAGUUCGUGUUAAAGAUUUCUCCGGUGUUUAUGAAUGGAAACUUAUUGUGCCUAUUAACGAAUUCUUAAAGACACUUGUAGAAUCAAGAAUCUUGUCAUCCCAAGCUAUAAUUGAAGAACCUGGUUUCUGGCAAAAAGAAUGGACGGCGCGUAUUCAAAUCGCUUCUGAGAAUCUUGUUCAGGUGCCACCAUAUUUUAUUACUCCAUUGCCUGGUCUGCAUGUGGGAAUAUCAGUCGAAAAAGAACAAAUAGUAUCAUCAUUUGACCCGGUUAGGAAUUCGAAGAAAAGCUGGGAAUUUGUAAAUCAGCAAAAUAUGGUCGAUAUUUGUAAGUUUCUGGAUGCAAUAUUUGGAAUAUUUGCCUGUGAUCACAACGAGCAAUAUAAAAAGUUAAAGUACGACACAAUAGAUAUUACGAAAUCGAUUCCUAUAAGCAAUGGUGGCGAAUCUAACGCGUACUUACAUGGUGUCGAUGACGAGCAUCAAUCGCCUCCUUCCUUGUUUGAUUUUGUAAUAAAAUAUGACGAAAAGCUGAAUGCACCAAUAGUUGAUUUAAGAAUUGUCUGGUGGUGUCGUGAUCGCGACAUUGAGAUAUCCAAGAAUCGUAAUCUUCGUGAUCUUAACAACGAAAGAGUAGAGAUCGGUCUUUUCGAACCACCAAUCGGUGAAGAUACGUUUUUCGGUUUGAGAACGGUGAUUGGACAAGGCCAAAAUAAGAUAUUACCUACAAUGGUUACCAUUCAAUCAAAAAGUUUACAUUCAGAUACAUUUGAGUUUUAUUCUCACAUAACACCACCACAAAGUUUUCAUCCUAAAUUUCACACUUUUACUACAACGCCCAACAAACAAUCAACUAAAUCAUCUUCAUGCCAAAAUUAUAUAAUUCACAUAUUACCAGAAUAUUUAUUCGUUGAUCCCUAUCAAGUUCAAGAGAUCUUUGAAAAGGAUCAGAUCGGAAUUUGGGGUGAAACGGAUUUAGAAAAGCCAGUUGGGACAGUUGGAUUAAAGUGUGGAAGUAUAAUUUCAAUUAAAGAAAGGGAGAAAGAUGUGUUACGAGAAGAUGAUAAUGAGGAAAAAGAGACAUCAUUAGGAGUAACGGUAGUUGAAUCCAAGUUACCUAUUCAUGUGCGGUAUCAACAACCGGUGGGUCCCGGGAUAUUUGAAAGUCGCAGUCAUAUACCCGCUUUCACGGCAUGGCCAAUGGUAGUGCAAUUGUGUCACGGCAAAAACAAUUCAGAAGAAAAUAGCUUCAAAGAAUCACCAUUCGAAUCAACACCACUGCCAAUAUCAUUAAUUUUCCCAAAAAAUGACACCACGAAACUAAAAUAUUUUCUGCCUGUCGCAUUAUCACAAGAUUCACCAAGAUAUCCUUGGUCUUCAUCGUCACGAUGGUAUUGGCCUAUUGAACGACUGAAUAUACCGGUAGGCCAAUUGCAACAGUUGAGUAUUGUAAAAUGGUGGUCACUGUUAGCCUCUACUUUAGGUUUUGUGUGUAUUGUGUGGGUAACAUUGCAGAAAUUUUUUGAUUGGGAUUACUUUUUCGAUAAGAAUAAAAUGGAAUAA